GCUGCGCAUGCGCCGAGGCUGCCCUCCCCAACACCACCCCCCGCCGGAGGUGGAAACAGCUCCGAGUGCUGCGCAUGCGCCGAGGGGGGAAAACAGCGCCGGUCAGGUGACUCUGCCCGACGGAGGAGGCUGCGCGUGCGCAGAAAGCCUGGGGAGGCUUGCCCUUCCCUGAAGCCCGAGCGGAAGAGGCAGCAGGGAGGAAGGGCUCCCGCGUGGUCAUCGAGCCCAACCCCAAGGCUCCUCGGGGCCCUUUUAACCCCCGCAGGGAGGGGGGGGAGGAGGACUAAGGCCUCUCGGAUGGGAAAACUAAACGGGCAUCUGGUCAUAGCUGUCAACUUUCCCCUUUUCUUGCGAGGAAUCCUAUUCGGAAUAAGGGAAUUUCCCUUAAAAAAUGGGAAAAGUUGGCAGCUAUGCAUCUGGUCCGGCAUUUCCUCCUGCUGCCCUUCCGCCUGAGCAGGACUGAGCGAGAGGCGCAGCUGCGUUGGAGUUUACUGAUCAUUUACUAGCAGAAAAAUAACAUUGAAUCCCAGAAUAUUUAAAUGUUGGAGUGGGGGCGGGGAACACACAUUCCCCACCAGGCACGCAUACCGGUAUAUUCCGGCAUUUGAAGACCGCUGUCUUCUGCUAAUCGGGGCUUCUCCGGCAGUAUUUCCUGCCUUGCAGGAGCUUGAGCCAGGUUGCCCUUGGAGUGCGUUCUAGCUCUACAAUUCUUUGAUUCUCCAGGUUAAGGCGAAGCUGGCUCCUUCCAACCAUUCCGCCUGGUUUUCUAGCCACCCCCUUCACUCUCCUGGCUGCCCUCCUCUGUACAUGCUGCAGUGGACCCAGUAGGCUCUUGUAACGUGGCACUCAGAAGGUGGCCAGAGCAAUGUGCAAUUGAGUAGGACUGGUUGCUUCCUGUUAUCUAAAAGCCUCCGUUUCUGUUAACACGAUGAGCAUAACCACUGCUGGAUCGUGUUCAGCUGGUGACACACACCAAAAGUGACCACAGACGUGCAUAAUUUUUUUAUGGGGGCUGGACAUGCGUUGCACAACAUCUUGCAGCCAUGCGUUCCUGAAUAUGGACAAGUCUUAUUGGAAAUGAUCUCAUUUCCUCAUACCUCAGUUUGUGUCCAUAGGAGACCAUUUCCUACACGAUGCUGGUCUAUGAGUAAGCAUCAUGUACCCUUUCAACGUAAGCCAAUCUGAAGUUCCUUUUUUCUCAGAAUAGCAGCUUCCUCUUCACUUGAGACAAGCUGUCCUGGGUAAACAGACCUUGCUUCAGUCAUUUAUAUAUCAAACUAACAAAAGCUUAAAAAAUAGCUGUAUUUUGGAAGUGGUCUAGUACUGCCAGAGAGUCCAAGCCUGGCCGAGGGGACUCAGUGAUGCACACUGUGUCCUUAGUCACCCAGUCAAUGCACACUGCCCACCACACACAGCCAGUCACAGAUGGAUGUACACAAAAAGUGCCAACAGAGCAUGAUGCUGUAAACAAGCCCACAUGAAGCUGCUGAUUCCUCCCAAGGACCCCAAGUUCAGAAUCAGAAUUGUGCAAUGCAGGAAUCUCAACUAAAGCAUCCAUAACAAAUGACCAACCUCUGCUACAAACCUCGCAGGAAGGAAAGUCCACCACCGUUCCACUGAUAGCUCUUACUGUCAGAAAGUUCUUCCUAAUGCUUAGUUGGAAUUUCCUUUCUUGUAACUUGAAUCCAUUGGUUCGAGUCUCACCCUCCAGAACAGGUUUGCUCCAUCUUUCGUGUGACAGCCCUUUAGGCAUUUGUCUAUAAUAUCUUAUUGGUCUCUGUAAUAUCUUAUUAUGUCCCAAACACACUCAGCUGGCACCAGCCCCCCUACAACCAUACGCAGAGCAAGGAACAAUCAUCACACUGGGAGAUGCUGAAGAAAGAUUUCUUGCAAGCAUAGAAGGAGAUACAGAUAAAAAUAGCAGAGCAGUUCAGAGCAGGGACGGAAUACCCCCUUUCUGACACUCCCUAAAACAGCCUCAUCAAGCUCUACCAUGAACAGCAGGCAACUCCUCCACUGCUGGAUUUAGGUGAUCUGGGCAAUUCCCCCCCAUAAAGGUUACAGAGCUGGAGGGGUGCAAAAUUGAGAAGAUCCAUAAUGGAGCAACACUGCAAAAGGCCACUCAAGGUUUGGGGAAUGACUCGAGAGAGCUUUGUCUCAAGAUGCAAUUAUCUCUUGCAUAUUUCGUGAUUACACUUUUCUGUCGACACCAUCCCAAGCCUGGCCACGCCUCCUAAAAGUGCUCCAUAAAUAGCUGGGGUGAGGCCCACAAGGCCACCCAGGCACCAGGAUCGAAACCAUGUGUGACCAGCAGGAGCAGGAACCCUCCAACUUUGCUGGUACAGUAUGGCGUGCUUUAGUGUACUCGAGUGUUGCCUCUUUUCUAACUUUGGUCAUUUGCAAGACACCAAGUCAAGGGAGCAAGACCAACUGCUUCUCAUGCUCGCCUUGUGGUGAAUUGGUUCAUUCUGUAAGCGGAAAUGCCGGAACAGGGUGGUUGGGUAGCGGAGUGCAGAAACUGGGACCGUCGGGGAGCCUAUUUUAAACAGAGACCAGCUGUUGUUUUGAGAUUUGAGAUAAUGCUCUGCUCAAAUGCGGUUGCUGGCUACAGCUCUUAUCGAGGAAUUGAGUCUUUGCUUUCUUUUGAAGAGUGAAGCAUUUGGAAUAUCUGUAUUCCCUGCUAUGGGCAUAAUUUAAAAAUGCGUCAGGGUUUCUUGUCACUCCAUUUAUGUGUUACUCUUUCCUCCCCUUUGCACGUAGCAAGAGGAAGGAGCUUCAGCUGUCAUUUUAGGGAACUUUAGUUUCAGCGUCCAAAGUUGCGACAUGAAUUGCAACAUGCAAAAGAGCUGCUGGAAAUCCUGGGACCCGACCACAGAAUUAAUUACAGUGUCUAGCAAUCAUGUACAUUCCCACCCACUGGUUGUCAAGGGAUCUAUAAAAAGGGACCAGCCUCACUGGUCAAGCAGAGCUACCAGGUAAUGCCUGAUUUAGAAUGGAGUCACACAAAUACCCUGGAAGUCACAUCCUCCUCUUCCUCCUUUCUGUUCUCUGUCCAGAUGGGGAGAAGAAGGUCUUUGCCCAGGCAGCCGUCUUCAGGUCCAGAAUCUGGGAUGUCAACCAGAAGUCCCUCUACCUCCAGAACAAUGAGCUGGUAGCUGGAUACCUGCAAGGCCCUGAUUCUGCCCUGGAAGAGAAGAUCUACUGGAUUCACAACCGGGCCUUUGACCACGAGAAGUUCUCCAUCAUCUUGAGCAUUCAGGACGGGAAGAGGUGCCUGGCCUGCUCUGCCGGCGCCUGGCCUGCGCUGCAGCUUGAGACCGUCAACAUCACAGAUCUGCCCAAAGGCGGCAGGAAGGAGUCCAGCCGCUUCACCUUCUUCUCCUCUAACAAAGACGGGGCUUGGCGGUUUGAGUCGGCGGCCCAUCCUGGCUGGUUCCUGUGCACCUCUUCCAGAGCCAACGAACCUCUGGGCCUCACGCAGCUCCCAGGGCCUUCUCAUGUGGUGGACUUUUAUUUUCAGCCUUGUUGAGCCUUGAGGGGCACCCCCCCUGCCCCCAGACCUGCCCAAGUGCCUGGCACAGCCGCACCGAGGGCUCCUUAGGCACCUGGGAGGAUUUCCAAGCCAUCAAUCUCUUUUUUCCUCCUCUCUCAGCCAUCCUAGCCCUCCCACCCUCAUCAAAAGUGGAGGCUUUCGGAUGGAGCAGCUGUAAAGGUGGCCGGGUGUGGAGAGGCCCCUGCUGGACAUCCCUCUCAGCCAUCAUGGGGUCCACUCCAGGCAGGUCACUAAGGGCAAACAAGCUGCCUCACAAGAUCCAGCACUUCUUAUCCAGGUAGAUGCCCCUUGGACGAAGCCUCAGGCUGUGUGUGAAUAGCCCCACUCCCCCCCAGCUGAUGGUCUCCAGCACUAAUCCUGCCUCCCCCUGAACAUGCACAUUCCCUUCUGAAGCCACACUGUGCCGUACAGCCAUGGUUUCUGUGGCAUGGCUGAGAUCUCCAGUGAGGUCACUGCGGGUCUUCAAAUUUUCUGCCUUCAAAUUCCCCUCCACUGGACUCAUAAGGAGAAAAGAUCUGGCGCAUCAGGGCUUGAACAUAAUAUUUGUUUCAAAAGAAAUUAGCAGAACGUGAAGAACUCAGUUAAAAUGAAGGGUAGGCCUUCUGCUGGGCUUGUGACCCGUGCCCUGCCUCAGUCGCGCCACUGAGCAGCCUUUGGGCAGACAGGCCACCUGUGGACACAGCCCUGAGCAGAUUCUGCAUGUCUUUUUAAGAUGCCGAAAGAUGCCGCCUCUCUGGAAAUUUUGCUCUCGUUUUUAUUAUGUUUAACGUGUUUAUAUAUAAUCUUGCAUUUGUAUGUUUUGAACUGCCCUGAGAUCUACAAUAUGAAGGGUGCUGUACAAAUUUUAUUAAUAAUUAAAUAAAUAAUAUAAAUAAAGGAA